AGCCUAUAUUUGUUUAAUCUCCUGAUUAAAGACUAUCAGUCUAUCAUCACCACAUGUUCAUAUAUGUCAACAUAUCUUGGUCUGAUGUAAUUGUCUAAUUGAGGUGUGGAUAUUUGAGUUUUUGCUUGAUUCUCAACCCAAUAGCCCCCCAUGUACUAGCAUUAUGAUGCCUAUGCUAUAAUUCCUUGAGAUGUUUGAGGCCGUGAUCAAUAGUCUGAUUUCACAUGUUAGUUUGCACUUUGAUCAUGAACUGUGGCAGACCUGUCGUUCAAAUUCUACUUGCUAACCCUAAUCCAAUUUAUUUGUUUUUUUUUGGUUUGGUACAAUCCUUUUGUAAGAGCUUCUAUUGAAGUUAGGACUUACAAUGGUGUCUUUUUUUUAUCAUACGUACAAUGGUGUCUUUUUUUAAUGACUUAUUACUUGCGAAGAUGUUUAUUGUGCAAAUCUGGAUAGAACCUGGAGGUUUAAUUCGUUUUGGACCUUGGCCGAUUAAGGGCCCAGGACUUGAUGAAGCCGGGCCAUUUGGGCCGAAACGUCGUUGAGCACGGAUACAUUAGACGUAUGGCCCAACCCACACAGUUCCCACCUGCAGAUCCUAAAGACCACGUGGCGUCCACUCGAGCCAACCUUUACCCAUCGGCAGCUUCGUCUUCCCUCGUCCACUGCGACGGCGAAGGACGCCGGGCGCGCGCCACCCGCGAUGUACGGGCUUCCUUCGGCCGCGCGGCACCCGCUACCGUCUCACUCCGCCUGCUCGGCUUCUUCCUCCGUUCCUCGGGCGAGGGCGGCGUCGGCGUACUGCUGCGCCAGUCUGAAGCAGGCGCGCCCUUCCGCCGUCGCUGCGGCCAUGGCGGGGCGCGCGGCCGCGCCGCUCUUGGCUGCGGCACUCCUCGCAGCUGCGCCCCCUGGUCAACCUUCUGCCCCCUCUCCAGCAUUUGCACAACCAAUUUCGGAAGGCGCAGCGUUGUUCCGGAAGGCCUGCAUUGGCUGCCAUGACAUGGGAGGAAACAUACUACAGCCCGGAGCCACUCUUUUCCUGAAGGAUCUCGAGAGAAAUGGAGUCACCACAGAGGAGGAAUUGUAUAACAUCACAUACUACGGGAAGGGGAGGAUGCCGGGCUUUGGAGAGAAAUGCACCCCAAGAGGACAGUGCACCUUCGGUCCCCGGCUGUCUGAAGAUGACAUCAAGCUCCUAGCUUCGUUUGUCAAGUCACAAGCCGAAAACGGGUGGCCAAAGAUCGAAGGUGAUGGAGAAUGAACGAUUGAUAUUUGAAUUGAUCAGAUGGCUAUAGUAGUAUAGUGACCGCAAACAGUCUUUGCUUUGUCUAGGACUUCUGAACUUGAGGGUGUGUUUAGUUUAUUUUGCAAAAUUGUGUAAAGAUGUAAACAUGACAUUUGAAGUACUAAAUGAAGUCUAUUUGCAAAA